AUUAGUUGGAGUUCCAGGAUCCACUAGAUCAACUAAUAGAGAGAUGAGGGAGCCUAUCCUGCUGUACAAAAAAGAUCCGAACUGGAGGGUUCUGAUAAAAAUCCAGAAUUAAUCUCUUUUGAUUAAAAAUUGUCUAAUAAACCUUCCCUUCAUAUCACUAUCAUCGUAUCCAUCGACUCCAGUUUAUUUUUAGAACAGCACGUUUUGGUUGCGCAUGGCUGAGGAGCUCCCAAGCAUGGAAAAAUUCAGCUCAAUCAGUCUGAUAGAGAACUCUGAAGCGCAAUGGAUGAUCUCACAUUCCGCGUGGCUAUUGCUGGAGACGAAGCGAAAGUUUUAGAUUUUAUUAGGAAAUUUUACUAUCCGGAAGAAGCUCUAACCAUUGGAAUAGCACCCAAAGAUCCUACACCAGAGGAUGAGGAAUUUUCUCUUUCGUGCAUCCCCACGGGAUUGAGUGUUGUCGCUGAAGAUUCCAAUGGUGAGCUCGUGGGGGUACUUCUGUGCCAUGAAGUGGACAACAGUACACUUCCGGAAAGAAAGAAAGAAACUGCAGAGAUUAAGGAUGCAAAGUGGAGGACAAUUUUGACUUUUCUCCAUCACCUGGAGGAACUAUCAUCCAUCUGUAGGCGCUUGGAUGUGCCAAAAGGUGUUCAGUUUAGUGUUCUCGGAGUUGAUCCGGCUCAUCGUGGGAAAUCAAUUGGAUUGCAGCUAAUGCAGAAGGCGGCAGAGAAUGCAGCUGAGAAGGGAUUCAAGGCCAUUGGGGCUGUGUGUACGAGUAUUUUUUCAUCCCGGAUAGCUGAUAAAUUGGGCAUGACCUGCGUAGCAUCUGUUGCCUACUCUGAGUGGAAGGAUAAUGCUGGAGAGGUCAUCUUCCACCUGCCUCCGCCUUAUGAUCAAGCCAGGUGUUACAUUAAGAAAUUGUUGUAAAAAUAAAUUAAAAAGCAU